AUGGGAGAAGCAGUGGCGACGGCGUUGAAUAAACCGGCUUCGGUAAACCAGUGGAAGUUGGGGCUUGUGUGGCCGGAUACGUUGGAUUUGCUGUCGGAGUUUGACGGGAAGAGGUAUCGGUUGCAGAGGAGGUUGAUUGGGCCGGUGUAUACUGCCAGUAAUGUUAAAAAGUUUGAGGGGGCGGUUGAUGGGGUUGUUGCUGCUGCUGUUGCGAGGCUGAAGGUCAUCGAAGGCUGUGGAGGGGGCGCGGGAACGGUCGACUUGAAGGAGUGGAUGCAUAUCAUUGCUGUUGAGUGCUUGGGGGCGGUGGUGCUGGGGUGGUCGCCGGGGUAUAUCAAGACUGGGAGUGAUGGGGGGACGAGUAAGCAAAGCUAUAUGGGAUGGAAAAGGAAGAGCCUUUUUGGGUUGUUUCCUGCUGUGACAAAGGUGUCACUGUUGGACUCUGGGAUGGGGAAAAGGGUUGGGAAGUGGUUAGGGAGGUUUUGGGCGGAUGCUUGGGGAGUUACCUUUGCGACGCCGAAGGGGUUCAAACCUUUCUUCACGCCGGUGUAUCAAAAGGUGUCGAAACGAAUCACCGCCGCUCUAGCCCCUUCACAAAGUGCAAAAGCUAAAGUGAAGAAAAACAAAUCACCGGAAGUGAAAGAGGACCUGCUCACCGACUUGAUACAGCUUCACCUCUCCCGGCCUGACGAAUUUACUGACAACUACCUCCGGCGGAUGGCAGUCACGAAUUUCGGCGCGGGACACGAGACGUUGUGCGCUACACUGACCUCGGUUCUUGCCAUGAUUGGCUCGCAUGCUGAAGUCGAGGCACGAUGUUUUGCCGAGAUUAGCAGCCGUCUGCAGGGUGGGCCACACAAGAGACGAUAUGAUUUGGAAGAUGUUACGAAACUGAGAUACACCCAAGCCGCCAUCAAGGAAGCGCAGAGGCUGUGGCCGGUGAUAGGCAUGAGCUUGUCCCGAACAGUUCCGGAGGAUGGAUGUGUAAUAGGGGGGUAUGCCAUUCCAGCAGGCACAACUGUGGGCUGUAGUCCGCUUGGGCUACAUGCGUUCAAUGAAGAUGUGUUUGGGGUGGAUGGGUUAGAGUACAGACCAGAAAGGUGGCUGAUUGAGGACCUGGAAAGAUUAAGAGCGAUGGAGAGAAGUAACUUAAUAUGGGGUGGGGGAGGCAGAACGUGUCCAGGGAGGUAUUUGGCUGAGAUGAUUGUCUUCAAAGUGGUCACUGCGCUGCUGGCGGAGUUUCAAGUCGAAGUUGUCGAGAUGCCGGAAGAAGGAAAGAUGGAGUGCUACUUUAUGGCGAUGAUGUCUGGCGUGGUGGUAAGACUCAGAGAGAGGUCUCGAUAA